UCCAGAGCCAAAACUGCCAUCAGCUGCCACUGUGGUUUGGAAGGAAGGUUGUCUCUAACUAAUGAAUCGUUCUUUUUCGUCUGGUGCAACGCUUUCUUCGAAAGUCGAUAGAUUAUUGCACUCAACUGAAAUGACGGAAAUGGCUUCGGCCCCGAAACACUGCCGCUUAAACGAUGACUUCGGACUCCUUGUUCAAGGAAUUCUCGCCGCUGUGGCAUUCAGCACUCUUAUUUGUGAGUAAAAUUAGUUAUUAAACAUAUUAUUCAAAAUCAUAGCGGCUUUUUCAUAGCGAAUUUAUCCCUUGGCGACUAGAAUUUUGUCAAUCGUGUUUAGAUUUCAAUGUCAGUUUGACAGGAACAUAUAACAUUUUCCUCGCAUCAUUGAGUGAAAUUUUAUGAUUUUCACCAAUUUCCCCCAAUUUCAUUUUCACAGUAAUGGUUUAUUUAUUCGCCAAAAUAUAAUUUCGGUGUAUUAAACACACUCUAAAUAAGAUAAUUGGUAGUUAUGCGAACUUUUAGGGAAUCUUAUGAAUUUUGUAGUUAGCUUCGCUGUCAUGUAUAAAUACCAAAAAUAGCAUUUCAUCUAAUGCACUAACAAAACACUAAACACCUGUUCCUCGGGAGGCAAUAGGAUUUUUGUUUGUUCUUUGGAAUUUUUCUUUUUUUUCAAGGAAUUUUGGGGGAAUUAGAGAUGAUUCUUCCCUUUUGUUAUUAUAAGCGAAUUUCAUGCAAUUACGUACAUGACUACAUGCACAUUAACAGUUUUGCGUGUAGAUGAUGGAAGCAUGCAUGUAUUUCAUAAAUUAAGUCGAUGUAAGCUGAAUAUCCCCGAUCUGCACAUGAUUGAGCAGCUGAGACAGUCAAGAGCAUUUCAUCCGUCGUAAAUAUUUUUAUGCUUAGUUUUCAAAUAAGAAAAAUAUAUUUACCUUAUAAUUUUCUUCACCUUAGGUGUUAGUACAUGUAGGAAAGUUAUGAUUUUCAUUUUUAAUUUUGAGAACAAAAUUCACAGGAGAAGUGAGAACAUAAAUUUCUAAUACUUCUAGUGAUAAAUGAUUAAAAUAAAGAGCCCAAUUUUAUUUACUUUAAAAACAAAAAAAAAAUGUCAGUUUGAUUAAAUAUAAAUGCAAACGUGUUUUCAAAACUGAUAUAUUUGUUGAAUGUAUGAAGACAAGAAGGAUUGAUUACUUUUUAUUCAAAUGGUUUACAGCAUUAUUUUCUUUUAAAAGGAAGGGAUCUUGGAUGACAAUUUCUUUUCACAAUUAAGUAGAUAUGCAUGUAUAUUUAGACCUCCCAAUGCACAGAGUUGAGCAUUACAACGUUUUUGUGAUCUGUCUCAACAUUAAGAAGCAAGGAUUGUCUAAAUUGUCAUAUUCAUAUUUUGUCAAGUUUGAAGUUUGUUGUGUAGCUAUUUUUCCUGUUUUACAAUUCAAGAUGUUGUACAGUUUUGUACCAUGCUCAUCUAUUUUUUCUAUGAGAGUUCACUGUUUUUUAGCUUAAUUCUGAUGUAUCAGAUGAGAAGAAAGGUUGUUUUUACCAUAAACAUUACAUUUAUUUUUACUUGGUAUCUACUUAGAAGACAAGUGUUGAUAUCAAUAUCCACUAUUGUUUGUUUUGUGGUCCUAUAUAAUUAAGAACACAUCUAUGACAUCAUUGCAUGUAAAGUCAGGCAGUGAUAUUUCUGCUUAGAUUAAGCUGUGUCAUUCUCAUUUGCUCUCUUAACCAGAAGUGAUUCACAUGUAACUUCUCCCUACAAUAUCCAUCCACUAUUCAGCAAAUAGGUAAUGAGAGUAUCCAAAUGUAUCAAGUAAAAUUUGUUAUCUUGAUCCAACACCAAAUUCUUGCAACUAAUUUACAAGGAAACAUGUUGCAGCUAGAGGAGAGAAUUGAAAAUCAGAUCUAGAGAGUUAGAGGGCUAAUAUGACUUAUUAUUUUAGAGGUAGAAGUUAGAUAUUUAACCUUUAAACUUCCAAGAUCUAUUGGUUGAUUCUCCCCUCUAAUUGCUUCACAUUUCUUAGUAAAUGAGUUACAAGACUUUGGCUGAAGAUCAACAUAACAACUUCUACCUGAUAAGUUUGAGUAUUCCCAUUAUCUGUUUGCUGGAGAGCGUUUGAAGUUGUAUGUUCUGGGAGUUUAUUGUCAGUUCUAUCCUAAUAUGAAAUUCACUUUGUUAGUUUAGUAUCCUAACUUUUUGUGGCAUAAUUUCAAGAGGUUUCAUCUUCUGGCAAUAAAGUAGAGGCAGUUUAUAAUAAGACUGAGUAUGCAGAAAAGAAGUUAUAUAUUUUUCUUUGACCUAGUCACGUACAAGAGAUUAUUGACCUAAUAACCCUUCCAUUUCCCAGAAUUACACAUCAUUUUUUUAAACUUUUUGUUAUAGUAUAGAAGUGACCACCAUUACUGUAAAAAGAACAUUUUUGAGUCUUUUUAAUAAAACUGAACAGUUUGAAUGUGAUGUGAUGGUUUGCUUGGGUUAACAUCUGAAAAAAGUGAUCAAUGAUAUGUUAUUCUUUAUUUAUAGUGAAAAGAUUGAGAGAACCUCUAUCUGAAAGAAGACCUGUUCUUAUUUGGUAAGUGAUGUAAUCAAGUCACUGGCAAAUUUUGAAAAGCUUGAGAUGUAAGCAUGAUGGUUUUUCAUCCAAGCAAAAGCAACUGUCUUAAUGCCUGUAUUUUGGCCUGUCAUUGCAGGUUUUUUGAUACCUCAAAGCAAGCAGUUGGUGCCAUGCUUGUACACUUUGCCAACAUCUUCUUAGCUAAUCUUUUCAAAGGUGAUCCAUGCACUUGGUGAGUGAAACAUAUGUCUUUUCCCCUUGUACAAGCUGUCACUGUAAUAAACAGGUACCAGAUUCAGGCUUGUCAUUACAACUCCCAAGAGACUCUAGGACUUGCAUGUUGUGGCAAUUUUACACAGCUGGACUUAUUGAGAUUGAGUACAAUGCAUCUAUAUUUAUAAAAUAUCAAGGUUACCAUGAAAUUGCCCUAAUUCCUAACUCUAGAUUAUUAAGGUUAUAUUUCUUAUACUGUGUCUAGCAAUGCAAGUUUGGAGUCUUAACCCUUUAUCUCUCAAGAUCUCAUUGGUAGUUCCCCGCCCUGUCUACCAUAUAAUUCUUGUGAUGUUAGUUUGGAGAGUUUGGUAUUGGAUCAACUAAUAAUCCCCUAGUUAAGAUUUUUCUUUAUUCUCAUCACUUGUCUACUUGAUAUUGUAUUGAUAUUGUAAGGAGAAAUUCUGUCUUGGUCACUUAUGGGAGUUAAAGGGUUAAAAGACUAUUGAAAAAAACAGUUUCUCUUCCUGUUGAAUCUCUCUAUCCCAGCUAGACCUUGAACUCCCAGAAUCAAAAGUUGAGGGUCAUGUUCUUGUUAGCAUGGGAUAUGUUAGAAUAAUAUCAUGCACUAAUGCAUCUUUUUCUUUGAAGGUACCUGAUAAAUUUCUUGUUGGAUUCUACUCUUGGCCUUGUGGUCAUUUACCUCUGUCUUCAGUUCAUGCAAGUUAUUGUAAGAAUGUAUGACUGGGAUAACUUGAGAUUUGGCGAGUAUGGUAAGAUUGAUGUGAAAUAUGACAUGACUUAAAUGAAAAUAAGCAAUAGAAUAAUGGUAAACUUUGAGCCAAAUUAUGGAAUGAAGAAAGUUUCUAUUUGUACAUCCACAAGUAUGGACUAAAGAGAAAAUCUCAGCCCCCCCAUGAGAAUGAAUGGCAGACUUUUGACAAUCUGAUUCUCUGCUGCUGAGGUACAGAGAACAAAUCAGCAAACUAGGUUAUACACGUAAACUAUUAAAUGCAGUUAAAUACAAUUUAAUAGAGUUAACAACAAAGAGCAUUAGCAUUCUCUAGUAGUCAGUUGUUUCUACAUAUGUGCAUGUGUUAGAAUUCCAUGUGCUCUUUAUCUGAGCUUUUAUUGCAUGUGCUUUUAGCAUGAACUUUCAGCAUUGUUUGGAGUGGCAGCUCAUUGUUCGGGCAGUUUUCCCCAUCCCUUCCCUCCCUCUUUCCAUUGUUUAUUCAGUGUGAUGGGUGCCUCUUUCACUUUCCUGGCUGGGGGCUCAUGGCUGGAUUGCCAGGAUUUGCCAGCCAUGGGAGAAGUCUCCAUCCAGGAGCUGGCUGUCAGUAGUGAUAGCUCCAAGAUGUCUCAGGCACCCAACCUCCACUUGGUGAUGCAGUUGGUUGCAACAUGCACCUCAAAGCUUCUCAAAUUGAUGAUCUCAGCAGUAUGUAGUAGGCUUGCCAAAUAUGAACUUGAUAAAUAUUCAAACUUACAAUAAGUUUUCUAUAAGUCAGUGUAACAGCAGUGCACUGCAAAACGUGAAGAUCUGGGCUUUGAUGCCUUUUUGGGGACUGAAGUUUUCUCUUUGUCCUAUGCUUGCAACUGAUUGAUGAAUGACUUUCUUUAUUCAUUGUUAAUAUCCAGUUUUAGAAUAAAUAUUUCAGUGAUCUAGCACUAGAUCUAUCUGCUCUUGAUUGCUAUGAACAUUCCACCCUUAUCAACUAUAAUGCAAUAGAAAUCUUGUAGAAAAAGCUCAUAAUCUUAUCAUCAAUUAUGGAUAGCUAUUUGCCAAAAAUCUGAUUGGUUCUCAUACACUGCAAACUCAUAUGGUUAUUAACCUCUGGGUUCUACUUUCUCUUAGGUCAUCUAUCUAAAAGUACACGCCUUGCCUAGAAACUGGAAUUCUAAAAUAUCACUUUCCUUGUGCAACUACGUGUAGCUACCUUAGGAGACAGUUUCAGCUGAAUAGUAAUGUUUAAUUUCUCCACUGGCAGGUAAUCCUCCACAGUGCAAAGCUUGGGCAGGGCAGUGUUUUCUGUACCUGUGGGCUGUCAUCAUUGAAAAGGCUACCAUAACCCUACUGGUGCAACUUAAUUUUUGGGAGGAAGUUCGUAGGUUUAUUCUUUUACCAGUCAAGAACUAUCCAAGAGUGGAGCUUGCAAUAUCAAUGCUGAUUAUUCCUUUUGUUUUCAAUGUAAGUAGGUUCCUUGAAUUGUAAUGUUUAAAAGAUUGCUGGUGAUGUUUGCACAGCAGAGGUGGUUUAGAAAGAGGGAAAGGAAGAGGUUGUAUGUGCUGCAUGUUCUUCUCUUUGCAAGAGAGCUACUAAGAUGAGUUACAGUACUGUUUUAACCCAUUACACCCUAACAUCAGUAUGCACAUUCUCCAUACUGUUCUCUACACAAUUCCUAAGGUGCUGGCAAGGAGAAUUUGUUUUCUAAUCAAGAGCUUUUGAGUUGGUAACUGUUUCCUUAAGUCUCACGGUAUUAAUGCCUGAUUCAAGGCUGAUACUGUAAGGAGAAAUAAGAUGCUUAUCACUCUCAGGGUGUAUAGGGUUAGUGUACAUUAAAAACUUUGUUAUCUCCUCAGGCUAUAAUGUUCUGGGUUGUUGACAAUUUCCUCAUGCGAAAGAAGAAAAAAUUAUUACAGAAAGAAGACACAAGGAACAAAGUUAAAUAUGAAAGACGAGCAGUGAUGAACGGAUCUGAUGAAGAGGCUGUGCUCUUGGAAAACAUGACAGAAGGAGAGAGUCUGACAAUUCCAGAUGACAACAUUUAUCAUAGAGGGGACACUGUGAGAAGAUGAUAGCUCGCAAAAUCUUGGAAGAUUAUAGAUACAUAAACAGGUAGCCGGUCGCCCCUCUGGGCAGGCUUUUCUAGAUGAGCAAAUACAGUGCGGAGAUUUGUUGAUCAAUAAGCAAUGAAGGUGUCAGUGUGAGAAAUGGCAUAGAAAGCUCCUUAUUCAUGCCCCCUAAUUUACUUUUGGGUGGUGGGGUAAUGACACCUCUCAUUAGCUCAGGAAUUAUUGUGUCAUUUUUGCUCUGUGAAGUAUACAAACAAUCGGCCACCUUUCCCUGAGACGGAAAAAUGAUUGAGAUGUAUUUUCCCAUUUUCUAGGUAGCUUGCCAAUUAUUUCCCAUUAUUUUCUACAUGUAGCAAUUUGUAAUUCCCUUCCUCUUUACUUAGAGUUAUAGCAGUUGUACUGUUUUCCUGUUUUUUUUUUUUUCUUUUCAAUUACAGAAAUUUUAAAUUUUGUUGCAUUUUUAUACAUAAAGGAAGGGAGAAGGUGCUGACCUUGUGAAGGUGAGGGAUCAGGCCCUCCCUUCAUCUGCACAAAAGGGUUAACCCUUGACACCUUAUCUAACAUUAUACAUAUUCGUCCUACUGUUCUCUGUAAAUUUCCAGUAAUACAGGCAGGGAAAAGUUGUUUAACAAUCAAGAGCCCCUUUACCUGUAUGGAUUGAUCUUCAGAGCAUAGCCAACCCUCUUUUUAUCUUCAGAAAUUGCAGCUCUAUUUACAAAGAAGAAAUGUAAUUUUAUUUGGUGUAGCAUCAGAAUUUCCUGACCAGUUUUGAAGGGCUGAAUUAGAAAUUCUUAAACUGUAUUGUAAAUAAUAAAAAUUUAAUGUGAAUUCAAAAUAGUUUCGAUAAGGAUUUAUGGUGAAAUUCAAUUAAUUCUUGAUUUUGGAGAGAUUGCAAACAGUUACGUUCAGAUACUAAAAAACAAUUGUCAUGAUAAAAUUUAACUUGUAUUUUUUUUAGUUAAUAAUUCAUAAACUGUUUAACUCUUGUUGCUUCCUGGAUUAAUUAUUGCCUAUUUAGGCUUUUCCUUUGUUUACCCAACUCAAUUUUUUGUAAUUUUAUUCAAGUUGAGGGUUUUUUUACACAGGAAGGAAACCAGAAAAGUGUGCUCAUCCUCUGUAACUCUUUAACCCUUUAACUCCCAAACCAAAUUUGUAAUUCUCUUUACUGUCAACCAUACAAUUCUUAUAAUAUUAGUUCAGAGAAUUUAGAAUCAGAUCAACUAAUUUGCCCCAAAGUGAUAUUUUUCUUUAUUCUCAUCACUUUUCUGGUUGAUAUUGUAUUGAUAUUGUAAGGAGAAAUUCUGCCUUAGUCACUCAUGGGGUAACUCCCUAAAUCUGAUUGUUAAUUCUCUCCUCUAGCUGAAACACAUUUCCUUCCUUGUAGAUUGUUUAUGAGAAUUUGGUGUUAGAUCCAGAUAGCUGAUAAAUUUGACCAUUCUCAUUACCUGUUGCUGGAUAAUGUAUGUAUGACUGUCAUAGAGAGAAGUUAAAUUUUACUCACUGUAGGGAAAAAACGUUCAAAAUCAAGGUGUCAGUGUUAUGACUACUGCAAGAUUCCAUUUUUUGAAAUAACCAACAUUCGUACCUUUAACAAUUGAGAUACUGAUUUAUAAGAAUAUUUAUUUUUUAGUUCAGAUUUUGUACUUUCUGUGUGAAAAUCUAUUGUUUCUUUGAAAGGAAUUAGAGUGAAUAUUUAAAAAGUGUUAUCAGGUUACAUAGUAUAAGAACUUAUAUUUUAUUAAUUUGAAAAUGUCUUUGUAGUUGAGCUGUAAACCAGUUACAAGAUGUAAAGAGUCUCUUUACGUACACAGUGAAUUAUCAGAUUUGCUUUAGUGAGAAUCUUACUUGCCUACUUUCCUCAUUUCUUUAGUAAAAAUUGAUACCUUAAAGCAUUUAAUUCACCGACCUGUUAUACUUUUUUAUGAAAGAAUUGGAA